UAAAGUGCUUUGAUUGACACAACACUCAAUUUAUUGAUUUUUAUUUAAAUAAAUAUAGAUAAUAUCUUUUUUAAAGUUUUAAUAUUUUAGAUCUGUCUUUAAUGUAUUUAUAAUUUAUUUUGGUCAAGACUGUAGUCACCUUUUUCUCUCAUUUUCUUCUCACCUGCAGUACUCUUUUAUUAAAUGAAAUAUAGAUUUAAACAGUUGACUCUUUUUUUUAAACCAUUGUCAUUUGUAGGAGCCGUCCGUCCCAGACUUUAAAAGCCGAUGGAGUUUCCUCUUCUCUUCCUGACAACAGAUCAGUGAUUCAGUAUCUUUCCAGUCUGUCCAAUGUAAAUCUGGACCCUUUACACGCGCCCCACAAAUAUUAGCGACCAUCAGGUGGCGCAAAGGAAAAGACGUGACGAAUUUGGAAAGAAUUAAGAGGUUUAUAUAUUUACAUCAUAAACGAGCAGCUCCGCAUCGGCAUUUUAAAGCCGUCCUAUCCAUCACCAUCAUCACUCCAGAGAGGCGUGCAUUUAUCAUUAAUGCAUCAGUCCUUCAAUGAUCGGUUCGGUUCGGUUCACUCAUCAUCAUCAUCAUCAUCAUCAUCAUCUGGGACUUAAUGAGUUUGUCAGUGAUUAAAGAGCCUGGCUGCUGAUGAACUGGGCUGGACUCUGGCUUCACCGCUCUCCCCUUAAAAUGGAGUUUAUGAAGAGGAGACGGAGCAGGAAAUCUCAGAGCUUUAAACUGGUCAAUGAUGCAGAUCUUACACAUGAAUUGGAUGAUGUAGACCAGAAUGACACUGAAGGAGAUGCCCUGGAUGCUUCUGAAAGUGAAGCCUGGUUAGGUGAUGACGGAAUGGAGAUAAAGAAGCAAAUAACUGGCAUGAUGCGUCUUCUGAGUGAUAAAACCGGACGUGUGUACCAGCGGGUCGGAAGGGAAGGGGAGACGCUGAAACAAGAGCCGCAGGAAGAGGCUCUCAACCUGCCUGUGACGCACAGCCCGACCCCUGAACAUCUUCAGUACUGGAGCUCCGUUCUGCCUCUGACUCACGGGCAGUACAGCACCCGCUCCAAAACACAGAGGAUGCUGAACCACUCCAAAGCAAAUGACAUGGCCUUGCCCCCUCCGCCUGCUGCCAUGGCAACUGAGUCCAGCUGCUGUAUGUGUAAUUGUAAGAGCACCCUGCGGGCGAUUCUACUGGAGUUACGUACCAUGAGAAAACUCAUCCAGACUCAAAGAGGGGCUCAGGACAAACAGAGCUGCCAGAUCUUGGUUCCUUCAUCUCGUAACUCCAUCUCUAGGAGGAGAGCCCGAAAGAAGAGGCCAGGUCAUAGAGUCACAGUUCUGACCACACCCCCCAAAAAAGCCACACCUUUGUCCCCACCCACCGAGACUGAUGCUAUUACAGAAUCAGAUCAUAGGGAAAGGACGUCCAGAGAGGACACACCCUCUACACUGUUGACACCUAUUCCAGAUCCCUUUCCCAGAUUACAGACCCCUCCAUCCCACUAUCACCUGACCAGAGGCCAAAGCACCACUGAGCCAGAGGUGCAGUUGGCGGAGGAUUAUGAUGUAUUUAUUUCUAAAGCACAGUUAGACUCUAUCUUACUGAACUACACCCGCUCCGGCAGUCUGCUCUUCAGAAAACUGGUGUGUGCAUUCUUUGACGAUGCCACGCUAGCUAACUCGCUGCCCAACGGCAAGAGAAAGAGAGGACUGAAUGAUACCAGGAAAGGACUGGAUCAGAACAUCGUAGGAGCCAUUAAAGCAUUCACAGAAAAGUAUUGCACUGCCAAUGGAAUUGAGAAGCUUCCGGGCCCCAGAGACUGGGUCCAGAUUCUGCAAGAUCAGAUUAAACUUGCCCGUCGACGCUUAAAAAGGGAGACAGCUUCAGAUGGCCAAGAGAUCCUGAACAUAACAUCUGCAGACACGGCAGAGAAAUGUCCACAAACUCUUGAUAAAGUGGAAACUGUGAUACAAAACGGUGCUGCUUAUGAAAGAACAGAAUGUCUAGUUGCCAUGGACACUGUCUGAGCAGAGAUUAUUAACAAAAUGCAACAUCUGACCCCAUAAAGGAGAUAUUUUUCUUAUUUUAUUUGCCUAGACUAUACUUUGUAAUUCUCAUUGCCAUCUCCUCAUAAGGAACAAAAACUUUAUCACUGAUGUCAAAGCUUUUUCACAGCUCACACACAGGACUUCAAUUCUGCUAUGUUACACUUUUGUAACACAAGUACUCUCAUUUGAGUGUUUUAAAGUCCCUGAUGUCACCAGUCUUCUAUUUCUAUCCAAAUACUUCAACAACAAAUAUCAACAGAAGAGCUCAGAAAACAUGACUGUGCCUUUUAAGGAUAGUUCACCCAUAAAUGAAAUUUCUGUCAUCAUUUACUCACCCUCAAGUUGUUUCAAACUUGUAUAAUUUUUUUUCCUGUUGAACGCAAAGGAAGAUAUUUUGAAGAACGUUAUUAACCAAACAGAUCUGGGGCACUAUUCACUUCUAUAGUAUUAUUUUCUUACUUUGUAAGUCAAUGGUGCCCCAGAUCUGCUUUGAUACAAACAUUCUACAAAAUAUCUUUUGGCACAACUUGAGGGUGAGUACAUGAUGACAUUUAAAUUUUGGGGUGAACUAUCCCUUUAAUUCACUCUGCCAAGAGACAAACUGAUGUCAUUUCAAAGUUGUGAUGGUUAUUUCUGGUAAAAUGUGUGAUGUAUUUAAUAUUCUUUGCAUAUAACCUUUACUAAUGUGUCAUUAGUAAUAUAAUCGAACAGAGUGGCUAUGUAUAUAUGUUACUGUUUGACUACCUGUGUAAGAGGUUUUGGUGUCUAUUGAAUGUGUGCUGAGUGAAAUUGAACUCUGUCCUGUGUCUCAAUAACAAAAACAUUUUACCUCAUGGUCAAAUGCUUAAAAACUUUUAUUGUUGAUGUUAAAGGAAUAUUCCAGGUUAAAUACCAGUUUAACUCCAUUGACAACAUCUUUGACAUGGCUGUUGAUUACCACAUUAAAUAAUUCCAACUUGUACCUCAAACAAA